UUGGUCUAAGGGAUUCAGGUUCAACGCUGGUUGGCUCGGUCGUUUAAGCGGGCCGGCCUAUGCCUCCUUCCUCUGUCUUCCUCGUUUCGAUCCACUCGGAGGACAUCUAAUCUGGUUCGGCCCCUACCAAGUGGCUUUGCAGCUUGAAAGAUCUCUUGCAGAGCCUUUUCCUUUGAUCCCUCUUUCUUUCCCCGUUCGUUCCCACUUUUAAAUUCACUUCACCACUUUAGCUGCCUGUGUUCUUUCAUUUCUUAAUCUCCCCACCUUCUUAAACUCUUCACUUUCUUCAAAUUUGUAUUUUUUUUUUUUUUUUUGGUUUCUCUUUUACCUCUUUCUCGCAUUUUUAUAGGUUUUUUGGCAUCUGGGUCCUUUGAUUUCUUCUGGGUGUUUCUGUUUUCUCCUGUUUUUCUUUUUUGUGUUGUAUCUCUAGGGUUUUGAAUUUCCCAUUUCAUAUAGCCCUGAUCUUCUCUUGUAAUUGGAAAUUGGAAAAAUUGGUUUCUGGGUUUUGUUAAUUUCGCUAAUUUACUUCAAGAAUUUUGAGUUCUAAGGCGAUGUCACAAGGGUUUGCGAUCGAGCUCUAUUUCGAUCCGGCACUUGAAAAUCAAGUUCUCAAGGCUUGGAAUGUACUAGCUCGCCGUCAAAUUAGUACCCAACUCAUCGAAAUUGAAUCACGUCCUCACAUUACCCUUUUCUCCACCCCUUUUCUCGAACCCACAAAAGUUGAAUCCAUUGUUAAAAAUUUCGCUUCUAAACAAGAACCCUUGCCCUUGUCUUUAUCGUCAAUUGGCAGCCUUCCCAGUGACAGCAACAUUCUCUUCCUCGGUCCAGCGCCUUCGAUUUCACUUCUCCAAUUCCAGUCCCAAUUGUGCGACGCAAUGAGGAAAGAAGGAAUUGAAAUCGGUGAGGAAUAUCGCCUUGGUUCGUGGAUUCCCCAUUGCGCUGUUGCUCAGGAGGUGCCCAAGGCUCGAAUGGCUGAGGCAUUUUGUGUUCUAAGGGAUUUGAAGCUACCAGUUUCCGGGUAUGCAAUUGAUAUUGGGUUGGUGGAAUUUUCCCCUGUUCGGGAGCUGUUCUCUUUUGUCCUUGGUAACACUGUCGAAGCUUGAAACUUUGACGCCAUUGUUGUGUUUUAAUCUCAUAGUUCUUCUCUAUGAACUUGUAUAACCUUCAAUUUAUUGUAGCUGUUUUAGAGGUCCUAUUUAGACACUAGAGCAUUACAAAUAAGGAUGCAUUUUGUAUUUUGUGUUAUGAAUUUGAUAUUUUCUAUAUUGUCUUCAUAUUAAAGUUGAAUCUUACUUGCUAGUGCAUUUAAUAAACACAGUUGAUUUGAUGA